UCAUAAAAACAUGGCUGCGCCCAUAUGUCGGUAUUUUAAAUUGUCAUCAAAACCAAAUUCUUUAAAACUAAUUAGCACAAAAUCUUUAAGAUCAUUUAAUGAAUUUAAAAAUGUACACACAUUUAAAAUAUAUAUCAAAUCAUUACCACACCUUUCUAAACCUUCAAGGUCAAGGGUACAUUUUCAACAGGUGAGACAUUUCAAUACGAAGCAUGAUGGAGUCGUCAAAUCUACUUUAUUUAAUAGGGUGAAAGUACUGGGGAAAAAUCUUGUUCGCUCAUGUUUUCAUCCUGGGGCUUCAAGUCUUUUGACUAGUGAAAUUAGUGCUCCUAAGGAAAAUGUCAAAGGUUGGACUAUUGUCAAAAAAAUGUUUACGUAUAUAUGGCCUAAAGAUAAACCUGAAAUUCGAAAACGAGUUGUGUUAUCUGUGGGACUAUUAAUUAGUGCAAAGCUCUUAAAUAUUGAAGUUCCUUUUCUAUUCAAGUACACAGUCGAUUAUUUAAAUUCACAUACUGGGAUGGCAUUAAAUUUAGAAACAGCUCCGGGUACCAUUGUGACUGUUGCAACAGCACUAAUUAUUGGUUAUGGUAUGGCCAGAGCUGGAGCUUCUUUGUUUAAUGAAUUACGAAAUGCUGUAUUUGCCAAAGUUGCUCAUGAUUCCAUUAGAAGAGUGGCCAAGAGUGUCUUCCUUCAUCUGCACAAUUUAGACUUGAGUUUCCAUUUAUCAAGACAAACAGGAGCUCUAUCAAAAGCUAUUGACCGAGGAACUAGGGGAAUCAAUUUUGUUUUAUCAGCCCUGGUUUUCAAUAUUGUGCCAACAGCUUUUGAAGUUGUUCUUGUUAGCAGUAUUUUAUAUUAUAAAUGUGGGGGAAAGUUUGCUCUAGUCACUCUUGGUUGUAUUGGCAGCUAUGCAAUUUUUACGUUAGCUGUUACUCAGUGGAGAACUCAUUUUCGAGUUGCAAUGAACAAAGCAGAAAAUGAAGCAGGAAAUAAAGCUGUUGAUUCUCUGAUUAAUUAUGAGACUGUGAAAUAUUUCAACAAUGAAUUGUAUGAAGCUGAACAGUAUGAUAAAGCAUUGGCUAAAUAUGAAGCUGCUUCUUUGAAAACCACCACAAGUCUUGCAAUGUUAAAUUUUGGGCAGAAUGCAAUAUUCAGUGCUGCUUUAACUACAAUCAUGGUUAUGGCCAGCCAUGGAAUAAUAGAUGGUACCAUGACAGUAGGAGAUUUGGUUAUGGUCAAUGGUUUAAUUUUUCAACUGUCCCUGCCUUUAAAUUUCUUGGGAUCUGUAUACCGUGAAGUUAGACAGUCACUUAUUGAUAUGCAAACAAUGUUUGCAAUAUUAAGUGUAAAGACUCCUAAUCAGGUUUCAAAAGCACCUCUUAUAAAAAUAUCUCCAAAAGAAGCUGAAGUGAUUUUUGAAAAUGUCUGUUUUGAAUAUGUGAAAGGGCAAACGAUUUUGAAAGAUCUGAGCUUCAGAGUUCCUGCAGGGAAGAAAAUUGCUUUAGUUGGUGGAAGUGGCUCUGGAAAAUCAACAAUUGUAAGGUUGAUGUAUAAAUUCUUUGAACCUCAAAAGGGAAAAAUUUACAUUGGUGGUAAAGAAAUAAAUGAAAUGGAUAUUAACAGUUUGCGGAAAGCUAUUGCUAUUGUUCCUCAAGAUGCUGUUUUAUUUCACAGCACCAUCUUUUAUAAUUUGCAUUAUGGUGAUUUUUCAAGACCUGAGGAGGAUGUUUACGAAUCUGCAAAAAUGGCUGAAUUGCACGAGUCUAUUCAGAAAUGGCCUUAUAAAUAUGAAACACCUGUUGGUGAAAGAGGACUAAAGCUAUCAGGUGGUGAGAAACAAAGGGUUGCAAUUGCUCGUGCUAUCUUAAAAAAUUCACCAAUUCUUGUAUUUGAUGAAGCAACAUCUGCAUUAGACUCCAUUACAGAAGAGAAAAUUCUUGCUGCACUGCAAAGAGCUUCUGAAGGAAGAACAUCUAUAUGCAUUGCUCAUAGACUUUCUACUGUUAUGAAUGCAGAUGAAAUUCUUGUUCUUGAUAAAGGACGAGUGGCUGAGCGUGGAAAUCACAGCAGUCUAAUAUCAAAUCCAGACAGCUUAUACUAUAAGUUAUGGCAAAAACAGCAUCAAACACCUUUGAUAGAAAACUCUCAAAAAUAGUCAAAUUACUUUCUAGAAUUAGGACAUGUAAAUUUUGUUUUUGUUUGAAUUGAAUCAUUUAAUUAGUAUAUAGUUUUAAUUUAUUUUUUAAGCUUCAAAAAUUAAUGUGAAUUCUACUUUUUCAUUUUGUAGAAAUUUUUAGCUUUUAAGAAGUAACGUGUUUAAAGAUUGUAUUAAUUGUUAAAAUUGAUUACCCGAAUUUUUAAAUUUAAUGAAAUGUGUUAA